AUGCCUUGUGUGGCAAGGAGGUUCUUUGCCAUGAGUGGGAUGGAGGCGACUAAAUCAGAUAGCUUGGUGCAAGUUGUGGUGUCAGCUUCUUCAGUGUGUGUUGGGUGCCCCGUGGUAAUUGAGGGAUGCAAAGAUGAUGGAUUUGUUGGUCGCCAAUCGCAUUCUCACUGUGCGCAACAGAGAACUAUGUUUCCUUAUUCAUUGGAAGGAGGGUUGCUUCAACACAACAAACAUGGAAUAAGAUGA